AAGCAAUUGAAAUCGCAUUACCGCAUUUUCUUCGGAAUGCAGUUCUUAUAGUCAAGAAAUAUACCGGGCAAUUCAAAAUGUCGGGGAAGCGCCUGCUGGAUGCUCUCCAGCUCCUAAGUGUCGCCAAAUCUGUUGCGCGCAAACAUCUUACUAUCCGACAACGGCAAUUAGAUGUCUAUACACGCACGUCUUCUUUGACAAAGGGGCUCAAGCAGCAGGUUGACAAUUUGGUCAUUACUGCACAAGCAGCUUCUGCAUUGGCUCGACGCUUUGAUGAGAAGAGGCCAACUGCUUCAUAUUCGGGUGAUCAAGCAACCGGAUCAGUCAAUGAGAGUUUUAUCAAUCGCACAUCCGAAAGUGAUGCUAGUCAAAGCAGUCAAAGCCAGCCACACGAUGUAAAGGCUGUUAUCCCAGAAAGCACAUUGUCUUCUGAGGAAGCUAGGAAGCUGCAAAGACAGGCCGAGUUCCAAAUACCCGCCAAACAAGCGGACCCCGAGACAUUAAAAAGUUCUGAUGGAGUCACUGUCAGCAACGCUCAAGAUACAUUUUACACUCCGUCUCUGAGUCCGAAAAUUGGACUCUCCUCACUUCCUAGGGUUAAAAUACCUCAAGAAGGAAAUAUUGCUCAAGGGACCGAUCCACACGUUUCUUCCGGGCCCAUAAAUUCAGAUGUGUUCCAUACUCCUAAAAACGAGUCUGAGGAGCCAUCGGAAGAAGCUCUACAAGCAGUAUUCCGUAGCCCAAGGGUUGCAGGCCUGCUUCUUUCGAAGAAGAAAAGAAAUCUCUACAACAACAGCGAAGAUGAUGUUGCGAAACACGGACCGGUCCGAAAGGAAACUAUCAGCAAUAUAUCAGAGCAACCAAUAAUUAGGGAAGAACAUGUGACAUCCACAGUCGGAACAUUGCCAAAAGAUGUUCAGCUAACUAUCAUCAAGGAACCCCUUGCGGGAGCACCGAUAACCAAGGAAAUUGCUUAUCAAAUGUCCGAAUCGCGUGUCCCAUCUACACGUCUCGGUAGAAUCUGGCAAUACGGUGGCCUCGCCACAUCGAUGGCAUUUGGCGCUUUCGGCGAAAGUUUUCGAAGAGCCACUGGAUCUAGUGACGGAUCCAAUGGCUCGAUCAUGUUUAGUGCCGGCAAUAUGGAACGUCUUGUCGCAAAGCUGUCUAAGAUGAGAGGCGCAGCUCUGAAAUUAGGCCAAAUGAUGAGCUUUCAAGAUUCCCGCAUGUUGCCGGAACCUAUCGCUGCGGUCUUGCAACGAGUCCAAGACCGUGCUGAUUACAUGCCAGCUUCUCAAAGAGACAAAGUCCUCGUCGAUAACCUUGGCCCCAAGUGGCGAGACUUAUUCGAGUCCUUUGAAGAGAUUCCUAUGGCCGCGGCUUCGAUAGGCCAAGUCCACGGCGCAGUGCUGAAGAAAGAUGGACGACGUGUAGCUGUCAAAAUCCAGUAUCCCGGAGUAGCAGACUCCAUCGAUUCUGAUCUCAACAAUCUAUCCAUCCUCCUUACCGCAACCCGUCUACUCCCCAAAGGUCUCUUCCUCGAUAAGACGAUCGCCAAUGCCCGCACAGAACUCGCCUGGGAAUGCGAUUACGAGCGCGAGGCCGAAUGCGCAGACCGCUUUCGCAAGCUCCUCAAAGAUGAUUCUGCUUCCUUCGUCGUCCCCGAAAUCAUCCACGAAGCCUCUGGUAAACAGGUUCUGACCAUGGAACGAAUGGACGGUAUAGCCGUGACCAAAAUCAAGAAUUUCACACAGGAACAGCGCGACUGGAUCGGCACGGAAAUUCUUCGACUUUGUCUACGCGAGAUUGUCGAGUUUCGGUUUAUGCAGACUGAUCCCAAUUGGACUAAUUUUCUCUAUAACGCGGAAAAGAAUCGUCUUGAAUUACUUGAUUUCGGUGCCUCGCGCGAGUAUCCCGAUGAAUUUAUCAGAACAUACGUCGACACCCUCAUCGCCGCAGCACGGGAUGACAGAGAACGCUGCCGAGAACUUUCUCUGAAAUUGGGCUAUCUAACAGGCUACGAAUCCCAAGCAAUGGUUGAUGCACAUAUUGAUUCCAUCAUGACUCUCGCAGAACCAUACCGCGAUUCUGCACCGGAUGUAUAUGAUUUCCGAGAUCAAACGAUUACGGAUCGAGUACGGUCGCUGAUUCCAACGAUGUUGAGGGAGAGGUUGGCGCCUCCGCCCGAAGAGACGUAUAGUUUACAUCGGAAGUUGAGUGGUGCUUUUUUGCUGUGUGCGAAAUUGGAGAGUAGGGUUCCUUGUAAGGAGAUGUUUAAAGAUGUUAUUGGGCGGAGAUAGACAUUUUCAUUCAUUUUGUUCGAUAUCUUCCUGGAAGAUGGGCAAGUGAGAUAGAACAGCUCCUGCGCUUUGUAUACUAGAUAGAUAGAUGAAAAAUCACAUGUAUAAUAGACAAUACGUAGUAUUAACGACAU